AUGGUCGUUCGUCGUGUCAUCACGAAGCAAGGCAUGAUCUCACAUACUGAGAUCGACCUCCGAUCGCCACAUCUCCAAAGCGCUUUUCGAGAGAUCUUCCAGGGUGUUGAAGGCCUAGAGCUGAACAAAAUGCCCCCAGUGGCCAAGCCGGAAUUGAUCUUUUGGGCGGCGAAAGAUCUACUUCGUAUCAAGGAGGAAGAAAAGCUCAAGGAACAGCCCUGUCAACAGCUCAUUGACGAUAUUGGGACAGCCUUGCGAUUUGUUCAAGAGGACUAUACUAGUCAAAUUGACAGCUUGAAGUCGCUUCUGGAACAGAAGGAAAUUACUUGGGAUCUUCUUUGGACCAUUUUUCCGCCAAAAGAAGUUAUUGUCGCGCCUAGAUAUGGUGUCAUGUCCCAAGAACAAGCCUUUAUUCUUCGGGAUUCCUCUUACGAGAAGCGUGAGAAUGGCACAUACUAUUUCUCUGCAGUUGGUGACAUUGUCACAUUCAGUGGUCGAAGAUUCGGCACAGGAUUAAUCACGUUGGAAAUUGAUAAAUAUGAUGGAUCUCGAAAGAUCGAGAGCCUAAACUGCUAUCCAAUCUCACACCAUCCAGGUGAAUCUGUCAUCCGGGAAAGGUUGAUCACCAGGGGCAGGAAAUAUUUGUCAUUGCUGGAGAAACCGGCAUGCAGAGAUUACUUCGUGACAUAUGGGGUAAAGGAGAAAAUUCUCCCUGAUGGAUUGUCAAAAUCGGAGAUGUUCAAUGCCAUGGGGCGAGUAGUGGCGGACCCUGAAGGCUACUACUUCCAUAACAGCUCAUCGGAUUUAAAUAGACCUCUUGUGUGGUCAGAAGAUGAACUCAGUCGCAACAGCCUUUCGGAUGAUCAACUCUUGACUUGUGCCUCGUGGAUCAACGGCUUCAGCUUGUCUAGUAAAACCUGGUGUCAGCUUGCUGUGACAUCGCUGACCAAUAUCAAGUGGAACAACCUGGCUUUCGAAAGACUCGUUCUGGAAGAAACCCGUCGCGAGCUCAUCCACGGACUCGUCAAAGCUCAUGGUAAGGAUGAAGCAGCAUUUGACGAUAUCGUGGAAAACAAAGGCAAGGGCCUCAUCGCACUCCUGACGGGGAGUCCCGGCGUUGGAAAGACACUUACCGCAGAGGCGGUUGCGGAAGUCACGCAGCGUCCACUCUAUGUGGUUGCUACUGGUGAGCUUGGAGUUGAUGCCGACACAGUGGACGAGCGCCUAGGGAUGAUCCUGGACAUCACGCGACGAUGGGGCUGCGUUCUGCUCAUCGAUGAAGCCGAUGUUUUCAUGGCUUCUCGGGGCAAGGAUUUGGCUCGUGAUGCGCUGGUUAGCGUUUUCCUCCGUCGGCUUGAAUAG